AUGAGCGACCAGAAACGCACUGGGCACUGCUGCGAGCAAAAGUCGAAAUUAAUCCAUCCAAACCCAUCUAUCGAUAAGAAGAAACCCUAUUUGCUCCUUGCAAUUGGUGGGGCGUUGGCUGCCGGAAUGGAGGAGCUUAUCGUCCGUAGCUGCGACAAAUUCAGAACAAAGCAGGAAGAAGGUCGAAGGAAGGGCGGUCUUGCAACACCCGUUUACACGACCAGCGUUAAUGUCCCUACGGACACAUGGAGCCAGGACUGCCCGUCGCUGAAGCACCGCCGACAAUUUGAUCCCAAACCCGUUUCACGAAGCUUGCAGAGAAGCGGAAUCCCCAAAGGGUCAGAUUUACUCUUGAACAGGGGCGGCUGUGAAUCCGAGCAGUUGGGGGAGAGGAGGGAGGGAGAAGAGGUGAGGUUGAGGUCGUGGUUGGUCCAACGUCAGAGCGACUCGGCAGCGGCUCCAGGCUGGGAAUCGGGGAGGAUUUGGGCUGCGGCUUAUGGGACGGAUACCCAGAUUACACAAUACCCCACAAAACGGUACUGCGUUAUUACGGUAUCUUACACUCCACUUCCGACGCCACGGCACUAA